CGCAGAUGAGCUGCCUGCAUAUACCAGAGACAAAACGCGUGGAUACAUUUUUACACAUGAAAAACUGGAUAAAAGAAUCGCACUCGAUUUUUACAGUUUACAGCGAUCGCAUCGUUUCUUUCCCCCCAGUUAACUGUAUCCGUUAAGCAUAGAUUCGCAGUUAUUCGCCGUCUCCGCGCGCCGCUUACGCGCUCCGGAUCUGUGGCAGAGCGGCGCGCGCGCGUGAUAGAGACGGAAUCAAUUGAACGGACGAGAAAAACGAAGAGCGGAGGAAAUAUAUAUAUAUAUAUAUAUAUUAGAAAGAAGAUCCAUCGGCGCAAGGACAAAAGAAAAGAGGUUGCCACAUGGUUAUGAUCUUCAACAUGCAUCUUUAGAAGAAGAUGAUCUGGAGAACAUCAUGGGCGCAUAAGAGGAGAACGUAAGCAAGGCCAGUGCUGACUGAGAUGUUUCUGGUGGAAAGCAGAAGACUCCCGUAGCAGCAUCCAGCACUGUUAACAACUGUGUGGAGUACACUUUGAUGCCACAACUUGAUUUCAUAGCAAGAAAGGGGCAGGACAUGACUCAGUUGCCAUGCAGGCUGCUAUGGUAACAGGCCUCUUCAGCCCCUCCCCUCUUGUCUGGUUGGUCCAGCUGUUGUUGUGGCCACACCUCCUUGGAUCUAGACUUGCCGAGGCCAGUCCAGCCUGCCCUGCUCCCUGUAGCUGUUCCAAUCAAGCCAGUCGAGUGAUCUGUACCAGAAAAGGCAUAAAUGAAGUUCCACCAAGUAUCUCGUCUAAUACUAGAUACCUCAACCUGCAGGAGAACUCCAUACAGGUGAUUAGGUCAGACACCUUCAAGCACCUAAGUCACCUGGAAAUUUUGCAGUUGUCUAAGAACCAGAUUCGUCAGAUCGAGGUGGGAGCGUUUAAUGGCCUUCCCAAUCUUAUCACCCUGGAGCUGUUUGACAACAGACUACCACUGGUUCCGUCCCAGGCAUUCGAGUACCUGAGCAAACUACGUGAACUCUGGCUGAGAAACAACCCCAUAGAGACACUCCCAGCGUACGCCUUCCACCGUGUACCGUCACUACGGCGGCUAGACCUCGGUGAGUUGCGCAAACUCAGCUUCAUCUCAGAGGCCGCAUUUGAAGGUCUGGUGAACCUACGUUUCCUGAAUCUGGGCAUGUGUGGGCUGAAGGACGUACCUAACUUGACUCCCCUUGUGAGAUUAGAGGAACUAGAGCUGUCAGGCAACCAGCUGGGCGUUGUGCGGCCCGGAUCAUUUCAGGGUCUUGUGUCCCUACGUAAACUGUGGCUCAUGCACUCUCGGAUCUCUGUCAUCGAACGGAACGCCUUUGAUGACCUUAAGAACCUGGAGGAGCUCAAUCUAUCUCAUAACUCUUUGCACUCAUUGCCCCACGAUCUGUUCACACCUCUGCAGCAGUUAGAACGUGUCCACCUGAACCACAACCCUUGGGUCUGCAACUGUGAUGUACUGUGGUUGAGCUGGUGGCUGAAAGAAACCGUGCCCGAUAACUCCACUUGUUGUGCACGUUGUCAUGCCCCUCCUGGCACUAAGGGCAGGUACAUUGGAGACCUUGACCAGCGAGACUUCACCUGCUACGCACCUGUGAUUGUGGAACCGCCAACUGACCUCAAUGUGACAGAAGGAAUGGCGGCCGAGCUGAAAUGCCGCACCGGGACAUCCAUGACUUCUGUUAAUUGGCUGACCCCCAAUGGAACCUUGAUGACUCAUGGUGCAUACAAGGUCAGAAUCUCUGUCCUGCAUGAUGGAACCCUGAAUUUCACCAAUGUGACAAUGCAAGACACAGGUCCAUAUACCUGUAUGGUAACCAACUCGGCUGGCAACACCACAGCAACCGCUGUGUUGAACGUCUCAGCACCUGACCUAGGCAACGGCUACAGCUACUUCACUACUGUUACUGUUGAAACUCUAGAGACGGGGCAAGAUGUACACAAUUCGGCACGGCAGUUUGUCAACGAGACCUUUAUUAGUUUUCCAGGACCAACAGCCUCAUCUGCCUCAGUGGGUCCUACUGGCUCAAUGAUGUCCUCCUUACCACCACGAACUACUCGUGCACCUGAUCGCCCUUUCACGGUCUCCAUCACGGAUGUCGCCAACCUGUCGGGACUUGAGGAUGUAAUGAAAACGACCAAGAUCAUCAUUGGCUGCUUCGUGGCCAUCACCUUCAUGGCGGCCGUGAUGCUGGUUGUCUUCUACAAGCUUCGCAAACAGCACCAGUUGCACAAACAUCACGGCCCGGCAAGAGCCAUUGAGAUCAUCAACGUUGAAGAUGAGAUCGGAUCUGGUGGAGCUAGUGGAAUCACAGGAGGUACCGUCCAUACAGGGGCAGGAACAGGAGGAGGGGGGCAGAGUCCAAGGAUCCAUGACCCUGAGAUCAUGACCCUGCCAAGUGUAGGGCAAACAGAGCACCUAAACCACUACUACAAAGCGCAUCACUUCAACAACAACGUCCUGGGGUUGAACAUGGGCACUGGGAUGCUGAACAACAAACCCAACCCUUCUUCCCAGAAUCAGGCUUCAACCAUGAAAUUGGUGACAGCGUCCGGUGACAACUCCAACCUUGGAUCAACCUCACCUCCCUUGCCAAUUCCCAUCCCCAUGGCGAUGACCUUCCAUGGAACCCUGAAAGGCCUUAGUCAUGUCCCCAAUAUGCAGACUGAACCACUGUUGCUAUCGAAUGGCUCCAAGGAGAGUGUCCAGGAGACCCAGAUCUGAUUACUUACUGACACGUGUACACUUGGGAAGUGAAGCAGACUGGUUUUCACACCAGUGUGACUGUCAAAUGCUGAAGUCAUCAGCCUUUGACAUCAUGGAACUCCUUUCCAACAGAUUCUAUGGAAUAUUCUUUUCAGAUGAACAAAAAGACAAGCUUUUGCUGAUGAGGUGGACAUGAUGGCGCUAUUGAGUACAUACGUAUCAAAGCAAGCAUCCUUUUUUGCAGUUCCUAUGAGUUGUGUCCGCGUAUUAAAAUAUAGUCUAUAUUAAAGUAGUGUAAUUACAUAAGUGUUGGUUUUCCACAGCCCAGCGACACCGAUUACACACUCACGCCACUGUACAGCAGCUAACAGACCUGUAUAAAAGCAUACACACAUUUACACUUACCACAGGUUGACAUCAUUAUUCAUCUUAUUCACCUCAGUAGGUAGUGUACCUGUGUGUGUGUGUGUGGGUGUGGAAGGGACAUUAUAAACUCAGAAAUAAAGACUUAAACUGCUGUGAUCCAGAACACGUUCACUUUGCAUCAUGACGACAUUCUGAAUCUAGCACAAGUAAGGAUCCGUUCAUAAGCUCGUAUUCAGAACAUAAAAAAAAAACCCGCCAAUUUCAGGGUGACGUUCACUUUCAUAAUAUGUAGAGGAGAGGAAAGAGAAAAGAUGCCUUUUCUUGUGAACAAUAAGAGUUAUGUGCAACAUGUCCUUUGGCUGCUGUUUCACACUGUCUAGAGUUAAGGUACCAUAGUAGGUACCUCCCAACUAGCUGCCCUAGAGCAAAUCUCUGUGCAUUUCUACGUUUGGAGAGAUUGUGAGUAUCAUAUUUCUGUCUUUUUUGCCUGUCAGUGCUGAUUAAAAGAGGAACAGCACUGUGUAAGGGCUAUUUCACUGGCAUUGGAUGAUAUUUGAUGUGUAGAGUGUCGCAGAAUUUUUCUGGACUAAAAGUCAACGUAAGACCCUGUUCGCAACCCAAAUUACUAACGUUAUCAGCCAUAUUCUCAAGUGAAACAGGAUAUACAAUGAGAACAAAAUGUAGGGCGGGACUUGAUUUCAUCCAACAGGAAUUGGUUGGAUCGUUAAAAGUGGACGUUCCAUAACGGGGAUUUGUAGGGAUUUGUGACAUCAGCCGAAAAGGAAAGUUGUUUUAGGGGAAGUUUUAAAAUGACAUUUUACGACAUUCAUUGACAUCAGUUUUGAUUUCAUGUUGACUUAAGCUGUAUUAAAGCUUUCAAAUAUGCUGUGAAAUACAGCGCAGUACUCGCUUGUCGUAACUGAAUGGGGCAGAAUUUUGCAGUCAUGGGAAAAUUUUAGAUUUUUAAAAGUGCGAGAGUGAAAGAUAUAUUGUCCAAUUUUUUCUGAUGAAAAAGAUUUUGCAAUAUGACAUGUAAUCUAAUGUAAAGAUUUUCAAGAAUACAGUUUAUAGACUAGGGACAAGGGACUGCUUCAGCAUCAGGGUAUAGGGAAUUUGGAAUUACCUCUCUUGGGCAACUUAAAACAUAAUGUUAGCCAUUCAAUUGAGGGAACUUGCAAGUCUCAUUUUUGAAGAAUAUUUGCUUUGAAAAGAUCUGCAAACAGGUCCUUUGCGGGAGCCAUAAAACAACUUCGAAAAAUCACUGCUGACUACGUAAAACGUUAUAUUGAUCAAGUUUUUCAUCCUUGAAUGGCUUUGAAGUUGUAUAUUAACAAUGUGCAAUGUGCCAUUAACUGAAGUAGAGUACACAUGCGUGUAUCAUUGUAAUUGCUGCAUUAAACUUUAUCCAAUUUUUAAUUUCCAGUUCAUCACUAUCUUUUGUUGUUAAAACUGAUUCAUCCUUUUAAAAAUCUGCUUCCUUAUUAAUUAUUCUAAUUUAAGACACUUGUUUGGUUGAAGUGCUACACACAGGUCAGUAACCAGAGGACAUUAGCUCUUUAAAUCAGUCACUCAAAUGUAUGCCUGCUGUUCUUCAAAAUGGAAUUAUAAGAUGAAUAGUUUUUUUCUAUUUUGUUUAUUGCUUUCCAUAUUUUUCCCUACAGUAUGAAAGCUGAUCGUGUUUGAAUAUCCAGUGUGGUUGCUUAGCAACAACAUCAUUGCCAGGAAAAGCUCUUAAAAGCUUAUUGUAGCACCUGACCCUCAUCUGCUGAUGCGGAACAUAGGUUGAUCAUACAGUAAUUACGUCAACAUAACAUAAGUAAAAGGUUAGUUAAUGUGAGGAACAUGUUUUGCUGCCUCGCUUUGUGUCCUCAACACCAAAAAAACCGUACAGACGAAAUUGAAACACUCACAGGUGCAUGUGUGUGUACACCCUUACAAAAAAUCAAAACGUGCUGCAAACUUGCUGCAAAUUUGCAGCUCAUUCUUUUCACAUGCAAAUGGAGUUUUGAUUCGCCGCAAAUGUUUGCCAGAAGUUUGCAGCUCUUCACCAGUAGUAGCGAACCUCUGGCAAACCUUUGGCAACAAUGGACAAUUUGCCGCAAGUUUGCCGCAAAGCUAAUUUGCAUGUGAAAAUGAUCAGUGGCGAAUUUGUGGGAAGUGUGCAGCAAAUUUGCCAUGAACCAUCGAUUUUCGUAAAGGUAAAGAUUUGAAAAAAUGAGACGAUCUCAUAGUGAACUAAUACAUAGAGUAUGCAGUAUGAGGCUGGCAUAUUUGUGUUCAUCCCCCUUCCAUAAAGUGGUUUAAAAAAUCAGCUUUAAGCAUUUCAUCUUUAAACAAGUGCCAUCAAAUAUUAUAGUCAGUGACAAAAUGUUUCAAAGAGCAUGCCCAUUUCACUCCACCAAGUGCUAUAUAAACAGCCAGUUACCUCAAUACUUCCUCAAAUCCUUCCAAAAUUCCUCCUUUUCUUAUUUCUCUUCUGUUAAGGGCCCUUUUAAAAAAAAAUAGCCAAUUUAACCUUUUGUUUAUGUUCCAUGCAACCAUCUUUACCAUGAUUAGCCACUUGCUAAUGCUAAUCAGAGUCGGUUGGUAUUAGCAGAUGGCUUCAAAGUUAACAGAUGUAGACUAAAGCUCCAGAAUUAAAAACUUAAAUCGAGUCUAUAGAGUCUGAAAUUCGAGUUACAAACAGAUGUUAUAGAGAGCAAGUUAUCUCUUUUAUCCCACCUGAGAAGACCGGCAUAGACCAGUUUGAAUUUUCAUGCUGCUUAAGAAGCCUGUUGGGGACACACCAGGAUCCCCCUGCCAGGAUCCCCCACCAGGUAUUGCUAUUGUAUAAACAUUAAAGAGAUAGUUCACCUAAAAAUAAAAAAUUCUGAAUUUCUGAAAUGUACAUUCCCUCUUGUUGUUCCAAACCCUUUUGUUGUUGAUUGUUUCAUGGAAGAAACAAAGUCAUAUGGGUGAAUUACUGAUGACAGAAUUUUCAUUUUUAGGUGUACCAUCCCUUUAACCUGCUCUGAUCCUUACCCGAUAUCUUUUACUGACAAGAUCGCCAGUUUGUGAACCAGUAUGUUUGUAUAGCAGCAGGUUGUUCCUCUCCUCUAUGCACAUGACCUCUUGUUGCAUUGGCAUAUAAGUGACAGUUUCUCUCAAUCUUGCCUCAUAUCAGAAAGCUUUACUAAGCUGCUUUGAUUAGCUGUGAGUUGGUGAAGACGUUGGGGUUGAGACCAGUGCUGCUGUGUAUUUUAAUACAAGCAAGGAAGCGGUCUCUGUAUCAGCACAGAAAGAUUAUAUUAUGGACUGUGAAGCAGUUAUCGCUAUAGUCUUUUAAUGUUGUGGGGGUCUCUCACUCUGCCUCUCUCUGUCACAUUCUGACCGUGCAUUCAUAUAUUGUCAUGUAUAUAAUCUAAAGAUGUAAAUAUUCUCUAUUUUUUGACUUACCAUUUGCUGAACAGGAUUUGAAACAGAAAGAAGCUUUUUGGAAACUCUGCAUCACUGUUUCUGCUUCUCUUUAUACUAAACUCACGAAAGCAUGUCCAGGUCAAAUUUCACCCCAAAAUCAAAAGAGAAAAAAUAGAUCAUAUUUUAGGAUUUACGAAACAUAAUUUGCAUAAUGAAAAAAAAAAACCGCAAAAUUAUUUUCAUGACAAUUAAGCACAUUUUGCAACAAAUUUCUUAUUGCUCUAAUGCAUCUGACUAUUUUACUUAUGAGUAUUUUUGUAAUUAUUCUCAAUGGUGAUUCUCAUAACUGUAAUACAACAGUAUUUUUAUUUAUUUUUAAAUCAGCUUAAAUGAAAGGUACAACAAAUAUUAAAGUCAUAUAUGAGUACUUUACAAUUUAAAAAACAUCACAUUUUGUUUGCAUUACUGCAAUGAAAUUGAGAUGUUUUUGCAUUACUGUAAUUAGAAUUUGGGGUUUUAAUGUGCUUAUUGUCAUACAAUAUUAUGUCACAAUGCAAAAAAUCGUAAAAAUGUUCCUAAAAUGGGCUUUAAUUUCUUAUGCAAAAUAUAAUUUUAAUUUUGGGAUUAAAUAUGACCUGGAAAUUAUCUUGGGAUUUGAGGUUCGUGAGAUUUACUCUCAAACUAUCUCUCAGAAAGACACAAUCCUCAAAAAAGAAAAAGAUACUACUGAAAGUUCAUCACGUUUUGAAUUUUUAAAAGUAAAAUUAACACUGAUAUCAGCUCUGUUUCAUUUAGCUUUGUUCCUUAUUUGUUUACCUAUUUAUUUGUACUGAGUAUUUUUUGUUUGUUUUGUUUUAUAUGUUAAUGCUAUGUGGUUCGGCUGUGGAGAGCUGGUUGAUUGGCUAUCAGUUCCGGGUCAAAGGUUGUGGCAAAUGCUUAACUGUGCGUGUGAGCCUCUGCACUAUGCCAUUCGCUACACAGACGGUCUUUACCAAUAAAACAUUGAC